AUGCCUGCCCAUCACCAUUGCAACGCUCAUGCCGGUCUGCCCCGUGUUUGGCUGGGUUGGGGUGAGUUGGGCAACCGCAAGGCUCAACUCCAAGCCGACCAGAACGAGUACUUCGAGACACAUAACCCCGAUUUCAAGCUGCGACACCCAGAUACCGGCCGACGUAGCUGGAACGUGCACUUGGAUGUCAUUCGCAAGUCGACCCGUUGGAUUGACUGGCGAAUUCACAAGACUGGAGAUAAGCAGAAGCUUGUUCUUCCUGAUUUGGUACGUGCUGAGCAGGUUGACAGCCUCCUUAAUUUCUUUUAUACUGGUGACUAUUCGGUUGACGAAGCCGAUCUGAGAUAUUACUCGAUUAGACCCUGCCCUGGUGCCUGCGUCACUUGUCCUCAGAUCUGUCAGCUCUUGCGCAUUCACUUGUCCAUGUUUCAAACUGCUCUUCUUCUUAGAAUUACUGACCUCCAGGCUAUUGCGUUCCGCAGAUUCCGUGAUCUCAUGGAUACUGCCCCUGCUUUCGUUUUGCAGUAUGCCGUUCAUGCAGUCUAUAGUAGGCGUCCUAUUCCUGACGGCAGCAACAACUUUCAGAUCACUGGGUUAAAGUCCGUCAAGGACUAUCGCCCUGAGUUGGUGCUUCCUGCAGUUCUUAGGUAUUGUGGGUAUUACCGACUGAACCCUCAGCAGAUCACACGACACGGGAAGAAGGUGAGGGUUUUCGGCGAGGCAGAGUUCACUGAGCUACGCCGCAAAAGCCCCAAGUUUGGUGGUGACCUGGCCCUGGGACUGUGGCUGGACACUGUUGAUAUCACAGUUCCGACGAUUCAGUUCCCAGGUAACUCAGAACCCAUCAGGUCCCUUCACCCCUACAUGCAGACUCCACUCUCACCACAGGUGGUAGACCGCAGACGGUCAAACUAUCAGUAUGUUACUUACUUGCAGCCAUUGCCCUUUAAGGAUUUCAAUGAUCAGCGACCUUCUAACACACCUACAUGGACCCCGUCCCCCCAGCGCACCUCCGCUGGGUCUUUUGCUACCCCACAGGCUUCAUUGCAGCAGACCCCAAACGUUCCUCAAUUAAGCCUAGAGCAGACACAGGAGCUUGACUUCCUUAACGCAGCUCUUACCGACACAACUAUGGAUCAAAUUACUGCUCAACUACCGCAGGAGUAUGCCACUGGCCCAGACGAUUUAAAUAAUAUUGACUGGACAAGCACGAUGGACUGGAGCGGCGCAGAUGUACCCGAGAUUGACUUCAGCGCGCUUUUGAAUGAUGAGGUUAUGGGUGAGCCAAAUGUGAAUGCAUUGGAUUUGACACAGGUAAUGAACUGGACGGAAGAGGACCUGGCCAAUGUGGACUUCACUCAGCUUUUGAAUGAUGGGACUAUGGACCUGCAGUAUUUCGAUCCAUCCUGCCUGGACCUGCCCAUGAAUAUGGAGUUAGACGUACCGGAUCUGAAUUCUUUUGAUAUGGCGGGUCUGCCUGAUAUCGACUUCUCUGGACUGACCCAACAGGAUUCUAUCGAAAGUGCAUUCUCGAACCAACCCCAGCACGUGGACUCGAUCUUCUCCGGAGUUGAUGACCAUACCACCGUGCCUCCGAGAGCCAAGUCUCGUGCAUCGGUUAUAUGUCAGAGUCAAGGCUCUCGUUCAUCCUCUUCCCGUCUGAGUCAGGACUCCACUCAAACCCGGUACAAUUUGAGGAGUCGUUCGAGCGUGAUUGAUUUGAGUGAGGAACUCUAG